GGCCGUUCUCCCACUUCCGGGGUGAGAGGCGCUGCGGCCAUGGAGGCCGAGCCGCCUCCGGUGGAGGAACGGCGGCGGUUGCAGGAGGAGCUGAGCGAGUUCGUGGAGAGCUGCUGCCGGAAGCUGGAGGAAGUCACGGCGUCCCUGGGAUGGAGCCUGAAUCAGCUGGACCCCGGGGACGAGCCGGAGGCCGAGGAUGAAAUUGUGAUAUGCCCUUUUGAUUCCAAUCAUCAUAUGCCUAAAUCAUCUUUAGCAAAGCACAUGGGAUCUUGUAGAUUGAGGAAACUAGGCUAUUCUAAAGAAGAAGAGGCUGAAAUGUAUAAUCCUGGUUUUUUCUAUGAGAAUAUGAAGAUUCCUUCAGUUACUUUGGAUAAAGAUUCACAAUUCCAGAUAAUUAAACAAGCUAGAACUGCAGCUGGGAAGGAUGGUGAUCGUUUUAAUCAAAGGAUGUACUCUUCAGUGCCUGUUGAAGUUCCUCUGAAUCACAAACGGUCUGUUUGUGACCUCACUCAAGCAGAUCGCCUUGCCCUUUAUGAUUUUGUCAUUGAGGAGACAAAGAAAAAACGCUCUGGUUCUCAAGUCAUCGAGAACGACAGUGACCUCUUUGUAGACUUGGCUGCUAAAGUCAAUCAAGAUAAUAGCCGAAAAAGUCCAAAAUCUUACCUGGAAAUCCUGGCAGAAGUGAGAGAUUAUAAAAGAAGACGCCAGUCCUAUAGAGCUAAGAAUGUUCAUAUAACCAAGAAAUCAUAUACUGAGGUAAUUCGGGAUGUGAUAAAAGUACACAUGGAAGAACUGAGUAACCAUUGGCUUGAAGAGCAGGAAAAAGCAGAGGAUGGUGCUGAAAAGAAUGAAGACAGGCGAUCAGCUUCGGUAGAUUCACGACAGUCUGGUGGAAGCUAUUUGGAUGGUGAAAGUUCACGACACAGAAGGGUUCGGAGUAGGAGCCCACAUAAACGGAAAAGAAAUAAAGAUAAGGAUAACAACUCUGAGCCGAGAAGAAAGAAAGAGAGGGAUGGGGAGAGACAUCAUAGUCAUAAAAGAAGAAAGCAAAAACCGUAAACAAAAUGUUUAUGAAUACAUUAAUUAUGCUUAUGGCUUAUAACCUAUAUGCUGAUAUUUUAAUUGUAAUCUUUACAUAGGCGAAUGUGUUAUGAUCAUGUAAUACUAUUUUUAAUAAAUACUUAUA